GGGUUGUCAUGGUCGGCGAACGAGAAAUCACUCAAAGACGCCUUCUCUUCAUUCGGCGAGGUGACAAAAGUGAGGAUUGCAUAUGACAGAGACAUCGGAAGGUCAACAGGGUUUGGGUUCGUGAGUUUCACUGAAGAAGAUGAGGCCGCUAGUGCCAAGGACGCCAUGGAUGAGAAGGCAUUGCAAGGUCCACCAUUGAGAAUAAGCUUUGCUCUUGACAGAGUUCAUGGUGGACCAGUUGUCGUCCCUCGUCUGUCUACUCAUGUAACACCACAUUAUACUCGUUCCCGAUGCUUCGGGAACGGAUCAGGUCAGUAA